AUGCAAUCCCUCCGCUCCCGCCGCCCCUCCGCCGCCGGCGGCGGCAGCACCAGCGGCCCCUCCUCCACGCCCAAACGCAGCGGCACCACCAAACUCGCCAAAGCGCCCACACUGCGCAACCCCAACCCCGCGCGCAAGUCCACCGUCGACGACAAGAUCAAGAAGCGCAUGUCCCUCCGCUACGCCGAGAUCUCGGCGCCCUCGUUCCCGGACAGCGUCCCCGCCAUGCCGUCCCUGCCCAGCGCGCUGCGUCCCGGUGCUGCCGCUGUCGGCUCUGUGGGGGGUGCGUCUAGGGGGCGCGCGGACGGGGUGGGGGUGCCUGGGGGGAUGAGGGAGCAGGAUCGGCGGGAGGAGGGGAGGGACGGGGAUGCGGAUGGCGAGGGUGAGGGGAUUGGGGAUGCGGCGAGGGAGAGGGAGGAUGCGAGGGCGCUGGAUAAGAAAUUGUUGGGGCAGGAGGAUUUUGACCCUGAUAGUUACCUCAAGGAGAAGCUCGCGAACUCGACAGAGGCAGAGCUCAAAUCGCUUCAAUCGUCCCUGCGCGGGUUAAAGGACGACACCGCCGUCGACCUGCAGCGCGACGUCUUCAAAAACUACGCCGAAUUCGUAUUCAUCUCCAAAGAAAUCUCCGUGCUCGAGAACGAGCUCCUCGAGCUCAAAGAGUCCCUCACCGAGUGGAAAAACAUGCCGUCCCUGCUGCACAUCGACGAGUCCGCCUCCGCCGCCGACCGCCGCCGCAACCUCCGCUCGUCCAUCGCGGACCUGCGCGUGCUCUACGCAGGCCAGAUGCAGACGCUGCACACCCAGAUCGAGGGCGCCGCGACCCUCGCGCCGACGACGCCCGGCAGGCACGUCGUGCACGACCUCGACGGCGUUCUUGCGCUCAACCCGGCGACGUACCGCCCGACGCACACUGUCAAGUUUGUGGUGCUGGAUGAUGCUGUGCUUAUUGCGAAGCGGAGGCGACGCGUGGGUGGCGCGGGCGGUGGGGGCGCGGGAGAGGGUGACGGGGGGAAGCUGGUGGCGGAGCGCUGUUGGCCGCUCAUUGAGAUGCUGGUUUUGGAUACGAAGGAUACGUCGACACUCACAAAUGUCUUCAAAGUGCGACACGGGAGGGAAACGUACGUCUUCCGCACCGAGGCCGCUUCAGACAAACGCUCUCUCCUGGCGCAAUUCCGGACGGUAGCAGAGGAACUCGGGGCCAGACGGAGACGAGAGCGAGAAGGUGAAAAUGAGCGUCGAAAGAGUUUGUACACUGGAAGCUUGACCGGAAGCCGCGCCUCGAUGGCAUUCAACCCCGACACCAUGCCCGCCUUCCCCGAAUGGAUGGCCGAGCUCGCGCAGCGCGCAGGCGGCGCCUCUGGCGCCCUCGGCCUCGGCGCUGGCGGGCCCUCGCUCUCGGGCGGUAGUGGCAGUGGCGGCGGCGGCGGCGGUACGAAAGAGAAAGACGAGCAGGACGCGCGCUGGGUCGGCGACUUCACGGACGAGCUCACCGUCGCGAUCGCGCUCCGGCAGUGGGAGAACGCGGUCGCGCUCGUCGAGAAGGGCACGGCGAAGCAGGCGUCCAUCACCGCGCUCGGCCCCAAGCUCGCGGCGCUGCGCGCGCAGCUGGAGGGCGCGCUGCUCGGGGUGCUGGCGCAGCCGAAUGUGCGCAAGGCGGGGAUUACGCGUGCGGUGGGGCAUUUGGUGAGGCUGGGCGCGGCGCCGGCGGCGAGGAGGGCGUUGCUUGCUGCACGGGGGGAGGCGAUCAGGGGGUAUGUAAGGGCGAUUAGGUUCGAGGGGCAUGUGGGGAUGUACGUGCAUGAUUUGUCCCUGGUGGUGUUUUCGGCGAUUAAACACACGGCGGAUUGGUAUCUUGGUGCAUUUUCUGAGACUGAGAUGAGUAGUGGCUUCAUCGAUUGGGCCAAAACGCAGCUCGAAGCAUACGCAGACAUGUUCCGCAAACAAGUUUUCGGGGCAGACGCCGACCAGCCUACGAUCGAUGAAGCGCUCGCCAUCGCCCACGCACAACAUCGCAAAGUCCUGCAAGAGUUUGGGCUCGACUUCCGCUUCCUCCUCGACCGCCUCCUCGUGCGCAACCCACCACCCGAGCCUGAGCCCUCCGUCUUCCACUUCCCCGCCGACCCACAAGCGCGCCUCGACGCGCGCAAGUCCCGCGCGUUCGCAGCGGCCGGGCCAGCACCAACGCCAGCGUCGGUCCCGCCUACCCCUACACCACCAAUUACCCUUGCACCCGCCCCUGCGUCCGCCGGUGCGCGUUCGCGAACGCCAACGUCGCGUACCCAACAACAACAGCAACCACAGCAGCAACUCGCGGAGCCAACAUCAGCGUCAGCCUCGCGUCCGCGCACGCCUACGUCGCGCACCCAGCAGCAGCAACAACAGCAAGCAGAGCCAACCUCGGCCUCACGCUCCAACUCGCGUGCCGCGUCGCCCGCACGCCCCGGUGCCGCGCGCCCCACGACGCCGACGAGGCCAGGGCUGCGGCGGAAGGACUCGGACGCGUCGACGAGGGGAAGUCGGACCGCGUAUAGCCCGGCGCCGCCGCCGCGGUCGACGAACCGGCCUAGUAUGUCGGCGCAGAGGCCGCCGCCGGUCGCUGUUCCGCAGCGCGAUGGGAUGUUUUAG